AGGUUAAAGUGGGGUGAAAAAAAACCAAACCCAGAAACACUGUUGCCUGGAUAGAUUUUUCAACAUGAAUCGUGCUUUUAGCAGAAAGAAAGACAAAACAUGGAUGCACACUCCUGAAGCCUUAUCAAAGCAUUAUAUUCCCUAUAAUGCAAAGUUUCUUGGCAGUACGGAAGUAGAGCAGCCCAAAGGCACAGAAGUUGUAAGAGAUGCUGUUAGAAAAUUAAAGUUUGCAAGACAUAUCAAGAAAUCUGAAGGCCAGAAGACACCCAAAGUUGAAUUACAAAUCUCAAUCUAUGGUGUAAAAAUUCUAGAUCCAAAAACAAAGGAAGUCCAGCACAACUGUCAGCUCCAUAGGAUAUCAUUUUGUGCCGAUGAUAAAACUGACAAGAGAAUAUUUACUUUCAUAUGCAAAGACUCAGAAUCAAAUAAGCAUCUGUGCUAUGUAUUUGACAGUGAAAAGUGUGCGGAAGAGAUAACUUUAACAAUUGGUCAAGCAUUUGACUUAGCUUACAGGAAAUUUCUGGAAUCUGGAGGAAAAGACGUUGAAACAAGGAAACAAAUUGCAGGGUUACAAAAAAGAAUUCAAGAAUUAGAAACUGAAAACACAGAACUGAAAAAUAAAGUUCAAGAUUUGGAAAACCAGUUAAGAAUAACACAAGUACAUGCAUCUCCACUGCUGCACAUAAAGUGUGAUAAUGAUGAACAUAUGUUUCAAAGACCCUCUACUUUUUUCUGGUGUAACAAUGAGGAUUCACCUCCUUGUUUAGAUAUCUCCUCCAUUACGCUUACUCCUAGGAGUUCUCCUGACUCUAGAAUACCAUCUGGAUUGUUAAUACCACCACCUUCAAAAAGUGGUCUUCCAAAGCCAAUCAGUGAAUACAGCUGCCCAAGACCUCGUGUAAUCCUGCUGUGCAAAAGCUUUUUCAGUUUUUUUGGCUUUCCUUUGUUCUCUGUUGUGUAUUAACUUGUAUUAAAAAUGUGCAUUUUGUACAGUGGUUAAAGGACAGAGCAGAUGUAUCUUAGGUUCUUUAGGAAUACUCUUAAAAUACGAAAUUUGUGAAGAUUUACUCUUAUUUCUAUGUAGCUUUUUUCUCCCACCUCCAAAAGAUAAAUUCUUGUUUUCCCAACAUGUUUAAAUUAGUCCAUUAAUUAAUUACCUCUGUGUUAUCUGUCAAUCUUUUGUUAAAAUUCUUUAAGAAUAGUUAUUCAAAACAAACAAUUCUAA